AUGGCAGUUUCAUCGCGCGAGGACUACGUAUACAUGGCCAAGCUCUCCGAGCAAGCCGAGAGGUACGAAGAGAUGGUCGAAUUCAUGGAGAAGCUCUCCGCCGCCGCAGACGGCACCGAGCUCACCGUCGAGGAGCGCAACCUCCUCUCCGUCGCGUACAAAAACGUGAUCGGCGCCCGCCGCGCUUCGUGGCGGAUCAUCUCCUCGAUCGAGCAGAAGGAAGAGAGCCGCGGCAACGAGGACCGCGUCAAGACGAUCCGCGACUACAAGGCGAAGAUCGAGUCGGAGCUAGCGGGGAUCUGCGACGGGAUCCUGAAGCUGCUCGAGUCUGCGCUCGUCCCUUCCGCCGCUUCCGAGGAUUCCAAGGUCUUCUACCUCAAGAUGAAAGGCGAUUACUAUAGGUACUUGGCUGAGUUCAAGAUCGGUAAGGAGAGAGAUGACGCCGCUGAUAACACUCUCUCCGCUUACGAAUCUGCUCAGGAGAAUGCGAAGGGGCUAGCUCCAACUCACCCGAUCCGUCUUGGUUUGGCAUUGAACUUCUCUGUGUUUUAUUACGAGAUCCUCAAUUCUCCUGAUCGUGCUUGCAACCUCGCUAAAACGGCUUUUGAUGCUGCCAUUGCUGAGUUAGACACGCUAGGGGAAGAGUCGUACAAGGAUAGCACUUUGAUCAUGCAACUUCUACGUGACAACCUCACUCUCUGGACAUCCGACAUGCAGGAUGAAGCUGCUGAUGAGAUCAAGGAGGCAACGCCUCCAAAGCCAACAGAGGAGCAGAAGUGAUAUGAAUCUUUUGUUAGGGAUUGAAUGAAACCAUCUUUCUUCGUCAGUAUUUGUGUCUAAUCAAAGAGGUGUGUGUGUCCCUCUCUCUCUUUCUUUCAAUGGUGAAGUUACACUCUCCUUUUGUUUUUUUUUUACUCUUUUGGAUCGAUUUCGAUUAUCAGAAUGGAAUCUUGCUCCGUUUGUUUUCAGAUCAUGAAAGUUUUUUUCAUGUGAUUUAGGAAAUAAAUAAGCAGAAUUAACGAUGUUUA